AUGGACUUGCGUGACGUCGAUUUGGGACUGGUCGAGGACAAGAUCGAGCGGAUGAUCCGAGAGACAUAUAACAAAUACCUCCUGACUGACGCGGGCACUUCACGACUGGCUCUGGUCCUGCCGUCAGUCAUGCCGCAUCCGUUGCUGUCUGCGGUUUUGUCGACCUUGUUCGGUCGCUGGCGGUUCCCCAGCAUUACUCUCCUGCCCAGCGCUACGAUGGCGGCCACUGCCGCGGGCGUGCGCUCGGCCUUGGUUGUGGAUAUUGGAUGGGCGGAGACUGUAGUGACUGGGGUCUACGAGUACCGAGAAAUCUCUAUCAAACGGAGUACACGAGCUAUGAAGUGGCUUCUACAGGAGACCGGGCGGCGUCUCUCACGUCUUGCGAGCAAUGCUGGGGAGUCGGAUCAAAUAUCUGUGGACUUUGAAUUCUGUGAAGAAGUCGUCAGUCGAUUCGUAUGGUGCAGCCCUUAUUCUAAUGCUGACCACAAGGCCUUGACGGACGAGGAGGGCACGCCGCUUCUGCAGAAGACGGUGUCGAUUCCUUCACCCUCGAAGCACAAUUCUAACUACAUUGAUGUUGCUUUCUCUACAUUCUCCGAACCGGUGGAAAAGGUUCUCCUGGCUGACGGGGUCGCCGAGUGCGAAUUGGAUGAUGAGGAAAUACCUCUUCCGUUGUUGGUCUACAACGCCCUGUUGGAUCUCCCCCCUGAUGCCCGUGGCACUUGCAUGUCGCGUGUGAUAUUUGUCGGGGAAGCUCCGUCGGAACAAGCAGAAGGAUAUAAAACCGCACACCCAUGGCGUUCUACGUGA